AUGGAAACAGACGUUGCCCGAAACCAAGGCAAGGCUGACGCUGCCACCUGUACAGCUGGAGCGUCAGCCAGAGGGCGUGAUAUCCACGGAAUGACUGCUCUUUUCUAUGCAGUCGAUGGCGAAUUCAGCAACGUUGUGCGAACUCUGGUUCGAGCUGGUGCUUUAAUUGACGAGGUGGACAGUGAUAACCAGUACACGCCUCUUAUCAGACUAGAAACCAUGCUGACCUUGCCAAAGUUCUACUGCAACAUGGAGCCGACUGGAGACUGA